GCGGCUACAGUGUUUCCGGUGCACAUCGGUGGGAUCGCGGAGGUGGCGGCUGAAAACAGCGUCGAAAAUCUUUCACAAAUCGGAAGCUUUUUACUUAGCAAGUUAAUCCGUUUAUUGUCGUUCUGUUGGCCCACCAUUUCAUCGGGCUUUUGGAAAAGCACAGGUUUUCUUUCCGUUAUUUGUUGGUUUAGCCGGCCGAGAGUUUAUCUUUAGUAGCACGCUAAUCUUUAGCCAAAAUGUCUGGUGUUGUACGAGGGCCCGCUGGAAACAACGACUGCAGAAUAUACGUGGGGAAUCUUCCUCCUGAUAUUCGCACAAAAGACGUGGAGGAUGUGUUUUAUAAGUAUGGGACGAUACGAGACAUUGACCUCAAAAACCGAAGAGGAGGCCCUCCCUUUGCUUUUAUUGAGUUUGAGGACCCAAGGGACGCGGACGAUGCGGUGUAUGGUCGCGACGGCUAUGACUACGACGGAUACAGACUGCGUGUGGAGUUUCCUCGUAGCGGCAGAGGCUCCAGAGGGGGUGGAGGAGGAGGUGGGGGUUUUGGGGGUAUCGGUGGUGGUGGCGCUCCGAGAGGCAGAUACGGUCCGCCAUCCCGGCGCUCUGAAUACAGGGUGGUCGUGUCUGGGCUUCCACAGAGUGGCAGCUGGCAGGAUCUGAAGGACCACAUGCGUGAAGCAGGAGAUGUGUGCUAUGCUGAUGUUUACAGAGAUGGCACUGGAGUGGUAGAAUUUGUGCGCAAAGAAGACAUGACCUAUGCUGUGCGAAAGCUGGACAACACCAAAUUCCGCUCACACGAGGGAGAGACUGCGUACAUUCGUGUGAAACUAGACGGCCCUCGCAGCCCCAGUUAUGGGAGGUCUCGCUCUCGCAGCCGCGGAAGUCGCAGCAGAAGCCGCAGUCGCAGCGCCAGCCGCAGUCGAAGCAAUUCCCGGGGCCGCGGCAGAGGAUCACCCCGCUACUCGCCACGCCACAGCCGCUCUCGCUCCCGUUCCUAAACCUACCACUGUUUUUUCCCUUGGUGUUGCACCCCCUGUUUUUACCCUUUUAAUUUUUUACAUUUUAUGUCCCAGUGUUGUGGAUAAUCUUUGGUCUACAACUAUCUCCUCUCCUCUUUCACCUUUUCUUACCCCUCAGUCUUUUUACUUUCAUCCAAGUUUCCCCCUUUUUCUGUUUUCAGUUUUUUGAACAUGAAAAUUUGUGCUGUUUGACUUCAAAAAUGUUGAGUCAAAAUAAGCUGCACUCAAUGUUUUUGCAAGUGUUUGAAAUUGAGUUGUGUUGUUUUUUUUUUUAUUUGAAUGCCUCAUUAUUGGGGUGGGUCAUGUUGGUGGGAAGCCCAGUGCUUAACUGUAUUUUACCCUUGUGUCUUCCUUUAGACAUCUGCAGAGAAGGAUUAAAGUGAUUUGGAAUAAACCAUUGUGGAGCACAUUUCAUUUGUAUGGUCAGGAUAGGACAUCUAAUUGAGGAGCAAUCAGGUCAAAGCAAUGGUACGCUUCAUUCAUAAAUCAAAUGCUUUAAUAGGUUUGUUAUCAUGCAUGUCAUACUUACGCAAGCCAUAUGUGCUGUACUUGUUAAAUAUGAUACUUGCUACUCUGGCCUUUGACAGAAUAAGCAGUCCUAGAACAAGUGUGUUGUGAUGUAAGUGUAACAUCUUUGAUGUCAUAAUAUGUAAUAUCUGAACUUCUGUUCAAAAGCUUUCCACUUUUGACCUGUUCUCAAAUGUAAAAUGUUCAAUGUCACUAAAUAUUAUAUAGCUUUAGCUUUUAAGUGCUCAACAUGGAAGGUUAGGGCCCACUAUUCGCACCAUUCUAACAGUAUGCCUCUGAUUUUCUUCCUGGUAUUUCAAGGUUUUGAUUGGAGGAGCUCAGUGGAUCCCAAUCCUUGGAGCUGGAUGAGUGGAUCGAUUAGGAAAGGGAUAGGAUGCAAGGGCAAGGAUGGAUGCACGGAUCGGGAUCAGUUUUCCAGGAUUCAAAUCAGUUGAUUCAGAACAAAAUAAUGGAUUCCCUGAACAUUAGACCCAUCUAAAAGUUUCAAAGAUUAAUGGCUUUAUAUUAGAAGAAAACGAAACAGAGGACCAGGAAGUUGGAUCAAAGGAUGGAGUCGUAGAUGCCUGGUAUGAAAAUAAUAAAUUUGGGUUGGUUGGGAACUGGUUUAUUUGGGACUAGUUUGUAUCUUAAUUUUGUUUGACUUUUUUCUCAGCAUUUUUAAUAAAAGUAUUAAAUAUUA